AUGUCGGAGGUGGGCGGAGGCAGGGUCAUUGACCAGCGCCGCCACCGCCUUUGUCUCCGCCCACCUCCAACAAUGUUGCCGGAGGAAAAGCCGGAGAAUACUCUCAACUCUUGGAAUCCUACCCUCCGUUGUUCUCAUACUCCUCCGCAUACCCUUGCAAUUGCAAUGUUUAGAACAUCCUCAACUCUUGCAAGAAGAACGAGAGACUCUACUGAAACUAAAGCAAGAAUGGGGAAACCCACCCUCGCUCAGCUAAUGGAAUUCAUCUGCAAAAUUCCUCUGGCCAUUGGCAAUCUCAAGAGCCUCUCCGACAUCAACCUCUCUAGCAACUAUAUCACUGGAGAAUUCCCAACUAUUCUCUACAAUUGUUCUAAGCUCCAGAAUCUUGUUCUCUCCAUAAAUAGCUUUGCCGUGGCAAUUGGACGUUUGACGGCAUUGCAGGUUCUUGGUCUUUAUUCCAAUGAGUUCACUGGCACCAUCCCUCUAGAAAUCGGGAACUUAUCAAACCUUGAAAUGCUUUCUACGUUUGGUAAUAAGUUCGAGCCUUCGACGAUAUUGAUGGAACUCACGCGGUUGAAGAAACUUAGAUAUUUGUUUAUGUCAAAUACCAGUUUGAUUGGAGAAAUUCCAAGUUCACUCGGUGAUCUGACAGAGCUUAUGACAUUGUCUCUCUCGGACAACAAUCUUAAUGGGACAAUACCUAGUAAUUUGUCUCGGUUGAAGAAACUAUUAUCUUUGGAUCUUCGUGGUAACAGGUUGUCUGGGAAGAUCCCACAAUCAAUCGGUGAUAUGAUAGAGCUUCUGUUAUUGGCCGUCUCACGUAACAAUUUGAAUGGUACGAUACCCAGUAAUUUGUUUAUUCAAUUGAAGAAACUAGACAUUCUUCAUCUUUCUCAUAACAGGUUUUCCGGGACAAUCCCUAGCAACUUGUUUCAAUUGAAGAAACUAAAAAUUUUGGAUUUAUCUAAUAACACAUUCUCUGGUGAGAUUCCACUGUCAAUGGGUGAUAUGACAGAGCUUGAAUUGUUGGAUCUCUCGAAGAAUAAUUUGAACGGGACAAUCCCUGGAAAUUUGAUUCAGCUAAAGAAACUACAAGGUUUUGAUCUUUCUGACAACAGAUUGUUUGGAGAGAUCCCAAAAUCCAUCGGUGAUAUGACAAGGCUUAAAUGGUUGGAUCUCUCAUCCAACAAUUUAAACAAGAUAAUCCCCAGCAAUGUGUUCAAAUUAAAAGAACUAGAGAUUUUGGAUCUUUCUAAUAACAGAUUGUCAGGAGAAAUCCCACAAUCCAUCGGUAAUAUGACAAAGCUUAAAUGGUUGGAUCUCUCGGACAACAAUUUGAACGGGAUAAUCCCCAGCAGUGUAUUCAAGUUAAAAGAAUUAGAAGGUUUGGAUCUAUCUAAUAACAGAUUGUCUGGAGAGAUCCCACGACAAGUUGAAGCUUUGAAUUUGAGUGAUAUUCGUCUAUCCAGCAACAGUUUGACUGGUACAAUUCCAGAAGACUUUGGGAGAUUGACCAAGUUGCGGGUCUUGUCUCUGCAUUCCAAUCAAUUAUAUGGACAGAUUUGA